AUGUUGGAAAUGGCAAGUUUGUGUUUCUCAACUUCUGGAAGUACCUGGGGAACACUGGCAAGUUCAAUGGCCCCUCUGUGGCCCUUGGUCCUGGUGGCCGCCUCAGGAAUCCUGGCCAUAUAUACCCCUCAUCCCAGGAGUUCUGCUCUGCACCAUCUCACCAAGCAGCUAGUACAGAAAUAUCGCGAGGAAGUGAGGCCAGUUCACACCUGGACCCAGGCCACCACAGUAUACCUGGAUGUGUUUGUCCGCGCUGUGUUGGAUGUGGAUGCACAGAAUCAAAAAUUAAAGACAAGUGUAUGGUAUCGUGAGGUUUGGGAUGAUGAGUUUUUAUCCUGGAACUCCAGCAUGUUUGAUGAGAUUAGAGAGCUCUCCCUACCUCUAAGUGCAGUCUGGGCUCCUGAUAUCAUCAUAAAUGAGUUUGUGGACAUUGAAAGAUCACCUGAUCUUUCCUAUGUUUACAUGAACUCAUCUGGGACCAUUAAGCACUCUAAGCCCAUCCAACUGGUCUCUGCAUGCAGUUUAGAGACAUACGCUUUUCCAUUCGAUAUCCAGAAUUGCAACCUAACCUUCAAUAGCAUUCUACACACAGUGGAAGAUGUAGACCUGGCCUUCCUGAGAAGCAGAGAAGGCAUUACACAUGACCAAAAAGCAUUUUUGAAUGACAGUGAGUGGGAACUUCUUUCUGUGUCCUCAAACAACAUCCUGCAAAGCAGCGCUGGAAAUUUUGCACAGAUUCAGUUUAAUGUGGUGAUUCGCAGGCGCCCAUUGGUCUAUGUUGGGAGCCUGCUGAUUCCCAGCAUCUUCCUAAUGCUCGUGGACCUGGGGAGCUCCUAUCUCCCGCCCCCCUGCCACGCCAGGAUUGUGUUCAAGACCAGCGUGCUGGUGGGCUACACCGUCUUCAGGGUUAACAUGUCUGAUGAGGUGCCGAAGAGCGCAGUGACCACCCCUCUAAUUGGUAAGCAGCUCCGGGUCGCUAGGUACCCGUCUCGCAUUACUUCUGUCCAAGAUCUGAUGUUGCCUUUCAGAUGGGGAAGGAAUCGAGGGGACACCGAGGUGGAAGGGCCUAGGAUGGAUCCCUGGGCCCAGCUCGCUGGGGUAACAGAGCCCCCUAUCUGUCAGGAGCACCGGGCCCAGCCAGGGACCAUGAGGGAAGUCUGGUCCCAGCUUCAAUCUAUCAGCAGCUACUUCCAGACCCAGGACCAGGCAGACUGACAGGAGGCUGGGUGGCUGGCCCUCCUGGAACGCUUUGACCGACUGCUCUUCCAACGCUAUCUUGUUGUGCUGGGGUUCUACACCAUCACCCUGUGUUCCCUCUGGGUGCUGUGGAGUGGCUUAUGA